AUGGAAGGGCGGUCGAUAUUAUCUCCACUGUGAUUAUUAGGGGCCAAUCAGAUUGCUCUCACGUUGUUCCCACCCACAUGAUGUGAUUACAUGAAGGCAACUCAUCGACUAAUAGGGUCUAAAUUAACUGCUGAGCUAAAGUGGAUUAACAGUAAAAUGCGCAUCAUAUUCCACUUACUGCUGCUGCUCAGAGUGAAGCGAUGCACUUUUGAUCCGAUCUUCGAAACAAAGACUGCUGGUGUUGGACAUGAUGUGAAUUUGACGUGUAACCGCCAGCAGUUGGAGCACAGUGCCAUCUUAUUUUGGAUCAGGCUUGUUUCUGGAAACUUUCCUGAAAUCUUAGGGGCAACAUUUUCCCAUGAGCAUCCAGGUGUUAAUACGACCUCUCACUUUACAGUCAAGCAAGAGCCUGGGGUCUUUCUUCUGCACAUUAAAAAAACUGAGCGAAGCCAUACUGGAGUUUACUAUUGCAUAAGAGUAAAUCAGCUUGUCAUGACAUUUUUGAAUGCAACAUUUCUGAGAAUUAAAGGACCAGAACCUGAUGUAUCUACAGUCAUUCAAGUCCCUCCGUCUGAUCCAGUCGGUCCAGGAGACCCAGUGACGCUGCAGUGUUCAGUCCUGUCUGACUCUGAGAACAACACGUGUCCAGGAUAUCACAGUGUGUUCUGGUUCAGAUCUGGUUCAGAUGAAUCUCAUGCCAGUUUGAUUCAUGCUCAUGGAAACAGUCGUGAUGAAUGUGAAAAGAACCCUGAAGAUCACUGGCCCCAGAAAUGUGUCUACAACUUCUGUAAGAACGUUAGCUCGUCUGAUGCUGGGACUCACUACUGUGCUGUGGCCACAUGUGGAGAGAUUUUAUUUGGACGUGGAACAAAAGUGGACAAUAAAGCAUCCAACGUGUGGGAUGUACAGAAGGCCAAUACAGUUCUGUUUCUGUUAUGUGCUACAUUGGCGAUAAGUCUGAUUGUUAUCGGCUUCCUGAUUCAUAUCAUCAAGAAGAAAACCUGUGAUUGUUGCAAAGCUGUGGUUUCUUUUCCAACAGAGGCUGCAACUGUCCGUGGUAAUCAGCAAGAUCAGCAGAGAGAUGAGGACUCGUUGGUUUAUUCUGCGCCAACUUUCACCACGAGGAAAGCUGGUAAAGCGCUGAGAGGAAAAUCAAAAACUACAGAGGAACAACCAGUAUAUUCUGAUGUCAGGGUUUAUGCGAGUAAUUAACAAUUCAAAAACUGGAUUUGCUAAAUGAAGAUGAUACUUAUUCACAUAACUCCGGUAUCUGAUCUUGGUAAGAAUAUUUUAUAUGGAAAUCCUUCAAAAUAUUUUUAUAUUUUGUCCAGAGAUGUUUAAGUUUAAAUGCGUUUGGUGACAUCCUACAGUAUUUUCUUCAAACAGGUUUAUCAUCUUCAACUCAAACAGGCUUUUUGAAAAAAAACUUGACCGAGUACGAAAGUUGUGAAACAAAUAGUCUCAUUUGUCUUAUAUGCAGUUUAAAGGCUCUCUGUUUUCACCAAUGUGUUAAAUAAUGAUUGUGCAGAAUAAAAGUUUAAGUUUAA